AUGAGCAACGAACCCCGAGAGUCGAUGAACUGCAAGUCAUGCCGAAAGCGAAAGAUCAAGUGCAAUAGGUUGCGACCCUCUUGCGAGGCCUGCCAGGUUUUCCAGUGCCCUUGCAUAUAUGAUGCCGUGCCUAAAAAGCGUGGCCCCAAGACCGACGUUCUCGAGGCACUUUUGAAGCGAGUUGACGGCCUAGAGGCAAAGCUGAGGGAAAAGAAUGCCUCGGCCUCACCCACCACCCCCACCACACCAGGCGCCCGGGACGAUUCCCUCCCGUCGGCCCUCAGGACCGAGGCUCUUUUCGACACCUACUUUACCCGAUUCCACGCCAAGCCCUAUUACAUCCUCGAUGAAUCCUCGGUACGGCAACGCAUGCAACUAAACCAACUUCCCAGCUACCUCGUCCACGCCGUUUAUGCUGUGGCAGCCAGGUUUACCUUGCAUCCUAGCGGGUAUCGCUCUGCAGUCAAGCUUAGCGAAGACUUGUGGCUCGAAGCGCCCUUCCUUAUUUCCGACAAGGCGAUCCUCCUCCGACUACCAUGCUGGUCUCCCAGCCAGUCGUCUCUCCCCAUCGAGGGCGAGUUCUUCAACUCGGGCUCUAACCUCCAGUAUCUCCAAGGUAGCGGAAAGAAGUUUCAGGGAAGCACUGGCAUGCUCAUCGACAUCUCCCGCAUUCUCGACAUCACCAACAGGUACCUGGCGGCGGGAGGUGUCAAGGAGACUCGCAUUUCCCAUCUCUUCUCUAACCCCGCCGCUUUGUUUGGGCAAGCGGACUCCACCGUCCUCGUCCUAAGCAAGCUAAUCUACCACGUCAUCCACUGCCUUAUCUACCGCCCAUUCCUGCCCAUCGACCUUUCCGAGCUUGCGGGCACUGGUCAGCAUCAGUCGUGGCAGAUUGAAGCAACCAAUCUUUGCUUCCUGCACGCAAACGCCAUUGCCGAGCUCAUUGACAUUGGGAAGCAGGCGGGGACGGUUGAAUGGCCAGAGUUUGUGGGCUACUGUAUCUGCACCGCUGGCACGGUUCAUAUACACGGAGCUCAUUACCAUAAGAACGGGGUUGGCUCGGGAAGCGAGGUGUUUGGGUCGUCUGCCGAGUUCCUCUCUCGUGAGAUGCAGCAGCUUAGCGAGCUGAGAUACGCCUGGGCCAGUGUCCAGCACCAACGGGAGAUCUUGCAGGGCAUUUACAAUGCGCAUUCAGAGCUGGUGAAGUCGGUGGCGAACAAUGCGAUGGGCUACUCGCCUGCUUUCCACUUGGAGGACUUCUUUGACCGCUACUCCAACAUUGGCGGGCCUGAUGGACAGUCCUUCAACUUUGACGCUGCCAACCUUAGCCUUUCCGACGUCAUGGUUGACUUCACCGCGGACGCCUACACGGGCCAUGACCUGUACGCGCCCCGCGGUGAGAGCAACGAGUCCGCACAAGGGCGCCCCAUGCUGAAGAGGAAGAGCACGGGUGCCUCGGAUCGGCAGCGACCCAGCUUGGCCUCUCUAUCAUUCGCACCGGGGCAGAUGGGCGGCCACAAUGGGCCCCUUAGCGCUGCGAGCAUGCCCACGCCUCACCAGCACAGCUUCGCCAACAUGCCUCCUCCGCCUUCGCCCAUGAUUGCGACUCCAAACUCGCUCCCCGCUCACUCGGACAUGUCAGACCACUCCCCACAUAUGAACAGGGUCGAGCACAUGAACGAGGUGGCGGCCAACCACGCGGCGAUGGCGGCAGCUGAGGCGGCGGGAUUUGGAUUGACGGCCAACCAGGGUGCCCCCAUCUCACCGAUUACCACAGGCAGCAAUCACGGCGAGCGAAUGAAUGGUGGCUACGAAAACGUUUUCGAGCCUAUGUCCCCCAACGGGUUUGCCAACCAUGGCGGCUGGCACGGCGAGGAAGGAGGCAACAAGCAAGAUGGCGGCAACGUGGCAAUGGCCAACUCGGAUGCCAGGAGCACCAGUGGAAGCACGGCGCAGGGGGAUGAGAAGGAUCCUUUCCUCUCCCUUCUUGAGCAGCUUGCGGAGAACGAACAGAGACAGGGAGGAGGUGAGGCCCAUAACGGCGGAGAACUUGAUUUCUUCAUGAGCAAUGGCAACAACGGGCGCGUGCAUUAG